GGCUCCCUCCCGGUACCCGCCUCGGCCCCGGGCUUGGAAGCCGCUCCGGGGGCGCCCCUUUGGACAGCGACGCCGGCUACCCAGAGCCCCCGGCCCCAGUCCCCGGAGAUCCAGGCUCGCCAGCGCCCAGCCAGGGAGGUGGCCAGGAAGCGCGAUGGGGGCCCCUUCCGCCCUGCCCCUGCUCCUGCUCCUCGCCUGCUCCUGGGCGCCCGGCGGGGCCAAUCUUUCCCAGGACGGCUACUGGCAGGAGCAGGAUUUGGAGCUGGGAACUCCGGCUCCACUGGAGGAGGCCCUCAGCUCCACAGUCUGGAGCAACCCUGACCUGCUGGCCAGUCAAGAUAGCCAGCCCUGGACGUCUGAUGAAACAGUGGUGGCUGGUGGCACAGUAGUGCUCAAGUGCCAAGUGAAAGACCAUGAAGACUCAUCUCUGCAGUGGUCUAACCCUGCCCAGCAGACUCUAUACUUUGGGGAGAAAAGAGCCCUUCGAGAUAAUCGGAUUCAGCUGGUUAGCUCCACCCCGCAUGAGCUCAGCAUCAGCAUCAGCAACGUGGCACUGGCCGACGAGGGCGAGUACACAUGCUCCAUCUUCACUAUGCCUGUGCGGACCGCCAAGUCCCUCGUCACUGUGCUCGGAAUCCCACAGAAACCCAUAAUCACUGGUUAUAAGUCAUCGUUGCGGGAAAAGGAGACAGCCACUCUAAAUUGUCAGUCUUCUGGGAGCAAACCUGCAGCCCAGCUCGCCUGGAGAAAAGGUGACCAAGAACUCCACGGGGACCAGACGCGAAUCCAGGAAGAUCCCAAUGGGAAAACCUUCACUGUGAGCAGCUCGGUGUCAUUCCAGGUUACCCGGGAUGAUGAUGGAGCAAACGUCGUGUGCUCUGUGAACCAUGAAUCUCUGAAGGGAGCUGACAGAUCCACCUCUCAGCGCAUUGAAGUGUUAUACACACCAACAGCCAUGAUUAGGCCAGAACCUGCUCAUCCUCGUGAAGGCCAGAAGCUGUUGUUACAUUGUGAGGGGCGUGGCAAUCCAGUCCCUCAGCAGUACGUGUGGGUAAAAGAAGGCAGCGAGCCACCCCUCAAGAUGACCCAAGAGAGUGCACUCAUCUUCCCAUUUUUGAACAAAAGUGACAGUGGCACCUAUGGCUGUACAGCCACGAGCAACAUGGGCAGCUAUACAGCCUACUUCACUCUCAAUGUCAACGACCCUAGUCCAGUGCCCUCAUCCUCCAGUACUUACCACGCCAUCAUUGGAGGGAUCGUGGCUUUCAUCGUCUUCCUGCUGCUCAUUCUGCUCAUUUUCCUUGGACACUAUUUGAUCCGGCACAAAGGAACGUACCUGACACACGAAGCGAAGGGCUCCGACGACGCCCCAGAUGCAGAUACGGCCAUCAUCAACGCAGAAGGCGGGCAGUCAGGCGGGGAUGACAAGAAGGAAUAUUUCAUCUAGGGGCACCCACACACCUCCUGCGCCCCCCAGGAGCCCCAUGGGGACUGCUGGGCUGUCACCAACCUGGACUUGUACAGAGCGACCCCAGGGCCGCCCCUCCCGCUUGCUCCCCAGUCCACCCAGCCCCCUGUACAGAAUGUCUGCUUUGGGUGCGGUUUUGUACUCGGUUUGGAAUGGGGGGGAGGAGGGCGGGGGGAGAGGGGUGGGUCGCCCUCAGCCCCUUUUGUGGCUUCUCUGCGUUUGGGUUAUUAUUAUUUUUGUAACAAUCCCAAAUCAAAUCUGUCUCCAAGGCUGGAGAGGCAGGGGCCAUGGGGGUAAGGUGAGCAAUGAACCUGCAAUGUUCAGAGGAGGAAGUUGGAGGGAUUAGAAACGAAUGAGGAGCGGGGGCUGGUUUGCUGGUGGGGGCUUAACACAGCCCUCCUUCCAUUUUUACAGCAGAUGUGUUCGCCAAGGAACCUGGGAAUGGAAGUAGGGGCCUAGUAGUGUCUCAUCUCCUACCAGCCCUGCACUACAGACAGGGAGACAGGUGUCAUACUGACACCUCUCUUCCACUACAUGAGAAAGAAACAAAGAGAGUGUUCGAGAUAUGAUCUGGAGAUAGCAUGCAGCCACACAGGGAUCCAGGGCUUCAACAUGUUCCUCCCAGAGAGAGUAGAUAUCCGGAGAGGGUGGCGAAAACAGCCCUGAUCACCCAUUGCCCCCCACAUGAAUGAAGCUAGGCUCCUUUAAGAGAAUCUGCCCUUGGGGGACAAUAGAGUUCAGCUUUCUCUCCCAGCUCCAGCAGCUGUGGAGAAGGGAGCUGUGGACCUGUACAACGUCUGCUGCCCCCACCUCAGAGGGGCCCCUCACUCUUACCCAAGCCCCUGGACUGUUGCACGGCAACCGCUCCUCUUAUGGCAUUGCUCAGCAACUACUCCUCCACCCUGUGUCACCCUGUGCCCUCUCCUGUUCCCUGUGCCAGCCCUCGGUCCCUCCUCCCUCAGCAGCCAGGCAGACAUGACAACAAAAUUACUAAAAGGAGCUUCACUGCAGUGAGCUGUUUCCUGCCCAAACCGAGGGAAUAAUGUGAACUCUGUACAGGUGUGUGUGUAUGUGUAUGUGUUUGUGUGUGUAAGUGUGUGUAAGUAUGCAUGGAUGUGUGUACAUGUGUGUUUGUGUGAACAAGAAGAAAAGGGAUUGAGAAGAAGGACCAGAGGUCUUGGGUGGGUGGACAGGGCAUGGGACAUGAGAGGCGGAUUUUGGGAGUGGAUGGUUUCUAGUCAGGGUUUGUGACAGUAGGGAUCUGCUCCAUCCAAGUCAUUUCCAGACCACUCUCAAUGCCUGUCUGAGAGAGAGGAGUCCCAGGAUGUGGUUUACCGGGCUGUGCAUUUUGUCCCUCUCUGAAACACCAUGCAUCCGCCACAUUUCCCUGGACCUCCCAUCUCUGAGCCAUGGGGCCGGGGCCAGGGCCACAGCCUCUGCUAUGCACCCUUCUCCCUGGCACUGACCCUGGGUUUCCAUCUUCAGUACCCAGUGACUAGAGGACUGGGUACCCACAUCAGCUUUUGGUUUACCGUCUUCCUUCUUAUGGCCAAGCUGGUUACUGUGGAGAGGAGUUUGGUCACCUUCUCCAUCCUGGCUGGCCUGUCCCUUAGACCCAGGAUGCUCUUGGCAUCAUGCUCCCCCUCCUCCGGCAUGUCCUCCCUGCUCUGACAACAGGUGUGCAAAAUGGGGCAGCUGCAAUCCAGCAGGUCUGCCCACUCCUUCAGUUCAGGUAAUACCUUCGUGAAUCUUCCAGCCCCUGGUUAGGAACCUGGGCACCCCAGGUAGCCCCUCGCUUAAGCCAGGGCUUCUCCUCUUAUAGCAGCAAGGGAGCCCUGGGUCCCAGGGCUGGGCUCCUAUCUGGGCUCCUUGUCUCCCAGCACCCGCUUUUUGGGAAAACGACUUUUCCUCUUCGAGCUGAACCACUCUGUCCAUAUUACACAGAAGCCAUAUUUGUACCAGGCGGGUGGGCGGGGGGAGAGGGGCUGUCGUGCAGUGUGUGUCUGUCUGGGGGUGGGGGUGGGAGAAGGGAGCAGGGAGGGGAUCGUGUAUCUUUAUAAUCUUUCUAACUCUCCUGUGCUAAUCUCAGAGGGACCACCCUCAAUAUAUCUGGAUUAUCCCAUGUGGUCAGGCUGCCUCUUUUUGCUACUCUCACUGCUGGCUGGGCUGCAUGUAAAUAAGGGCUGACCUCAUGUCCCCGGCACCUGGCACUCAAAGGGUCCUCGCCAUGCCACUCUGUGGGGCAUCUGUAUGUGGAAUCAAGGGACAGAGUAUCUGAGUAAUUUGCUUCCCAGAGAAUAUUUACAUUUAAAGCAUGUCAUCUGACUGCUACCCUGUUACCCUCUGACCAGCCAUGCUGGCCACCACCGUGAUGGAGGUGAAGACCUGAGCAAAGCCCUCCAGGAAGGAGAGCAUCACCAGUUUUUGCCAAACUCUCUUUUUAGCUCCCUCCCGAUGCACCUGAAAUUAGACCUGGGUACUGAUCCUUCUACACGUCAAUCUGAGAGGGUUAAUGGGAAUCCACCUACCGAACAUGUAUCCUGCAUUUCUCCUGGCCAGAGAAAUACCAUUUCUACCUCCCUCCAGAAACUUUACCUAUUGCCAAGUCAAGGAAGCAUUCUCACAGUCUGUGUGUCUCACAACAGAAUAUGAAUAGAGAUUACCCAGUGGGCUAGAGUCUCACAUUAAAGUAUGCUGUCCCAUGGUC